GCUGUACUAACAUCAGCCGAUCUGUUUCGUGCUUCCACAUCAGUCUUUACCAAGAAUAUUUUGCUGUGUGAAAAAGGACUGUGUGUUGUAAAAACAACGAUCCAGAGCUGAGGAGGAUUUCUACACAUGACCUGAGCCCAGAUAAUGAAGUGUCUCAUCCACAUUAGUAAAAUAUUAACAGAGGUUAUUGGUUGUCAUAGUAAAAGGAGAGCCUGCACUGAACGUAAUUUCAUUUAUGGACGUUCAGAAACUGACAUCACUGCCGCGAGAACAUAUAAAGAACCAGCACACUGCACUUGCGACCAGCUGCAGCAACAUCUCCGAGGAGCAUCUGCAGGCUCAGCCCCUCAAACGGCACGGCAGAAACCGGACUUUGAAAACACAGCAAGAAGCUCCUUUUUAUAAAAUAGUUCCCGACAGGCUUUUCCUUUGUGUCCGGCAUCUCUUCGAACAAGCAUGUGCACGGGAGGCUGCGCCAAGUGCCUGGGAACCACCCUCAUCCCCCUGGCUGUGCUCUGCACCCUCGCUAACAUUCUCUUGUUCUUCCCGGGAGGAAAGGUGGCUGAUAACAACCAACACAUUACAGAUGAGGUUUGGUACUUCGGAGGGAUCCUGGGAUCUGGUGUACUGAUGAUCUUUCCUGCCUUGGUAUUUUUGGGCCUUAAGAACAAUGACUGCUGCGGAUGCUGUGGCAACGAGAGCUGUGGGAAGAGGUUUGCGAUGUUUUCUUCUAUAAUAUUCGCUGCAGUUGGACUUCUGGGAGCUGGAUACUGCUUCAUUUUGUCAGCAGUAGCCAUAAACAAAGGCCCCAAGUGUAACACUGGAACAGGAUGGACUUAUCCCUUCCAGGAUGGGAACUACCUCAGUAACCACACGCUGUGGAACGUGUGUCAGUCACCCCAAAACAUCGUCCCGUGGAACCUGUCCCUGUUCUCCUUGCUGCUCAUCAUGAGCGGGAUCCAGGCGGUGCUCUGUGGCAUCCAGGUGGUGAACGGCCUGUUCGGAACCAUCUGCGGGGACUGCAAAUGCUGCGGAUGUUGUGGGGGAGACGGGACGGUCUGAGGACCAGGGACAGCACGGCCGGCGCUCCUGGCCGCGGGGGCCGCCUUCUGCACAGCGGCCCCGCACACACCGACUCCGGCUACGAGGAUGAGAAUGAAGGGCACUUCUCCCCACCAACGCUAUAGAACCCUGACUCCCUUUCUAGCCUUCACAAAACACCUCAUCGUGGAAUAAAAUAAGUGAAAUUCAA